CACGCCGGGUUGACUACCAGGCGGGUGGCGAUGGGGGAGCCGGCUGGUGGUGCCGUGCCUCCCGCCGGGUGGUUCCCAGCCCCCGAGCUGACACCCACGCUGGGGCCUUUACGCGACCGAGCCUCGCGGCCGAACAACUGGAUGCUGUGGGCGAUGCCGCCGCCGCCGCCGCCUUCGUCGCUUCCCGCAGCAGGGUCCGAGCCUGCCUUAGAGGCACAGCCCCACGCGGAAGCCCGCACUUUCCCUGGGGCACCUCCCCCCUUCGACGCCCACAUUCUUCCCGGGGCGCAGCCCCCCUUUGACGCUCAGUCCCCCCUCGAUUCUCAGCCUCAACUCAACGGCCAGCCUUCGUGGAAUUUCCACGCGUCAGCGUCACGGUACUGGACGCAGUCUCCUGGUGGUUUUCCUUGGCAUCAGCAGCCCCACAGCACUCCAGUUAAACAUACUUAUUUUCCACGAAAGCAUGAUGCAAGGGUCAAUGACUUCAGUGUCUCUCCCAGAAGAAAACAGAAAAAAAAGAAAAGAAAGGAACCCGUUUUUCACUAUUUUUGUGAUACCUGUGAUCGUGGUUUUAAAAAUCAAGAAAAGUAUGAUAAACAUAUGUCUGAACAUACAAAAUGCCCUGAGGUAGAUUGCUCUUUUAGUGCGCAUGAGAAGAUUGUCCAGUUCCAUUGGAGGAAUAUGCAUGCUCCUGGUAUGAAGAAAAUCAAGUUAGACACUCCAGAGGAGAUUGCAAGAUGGAGGGAAGAAAGAAGAAAAAACUACCCAACUCUAGCUAAUAUUGAAAGGAAGAAAAAGUUAAAACUUGAAAAGGAAAAGAGAGGAGCGGUGUUGACGACGACACAGUAUGGACUAGCUGCUGGGUCAGGCAGUCAUUUGUGUGAUUUGAAGCCUGAAAGUCCACCUGAGGCAAAUUCAGACCCCCUCGGUGUUUUGGUAAACACUGAUUCUGAAUCUGACAAAGAGGAGAGACCACAGAGCGCUGUCAUACCCAAGGAGGUGACCCCAGCGCUGUGCUCCCUGAUGAGCAGCUAUGGCAGCCUCUCGGGGUCAGAGAGUGAGCCAGAAGAAGCUCCCAUCAAGACUGAAGCAGACAUUCUGGCAGAAGACCAGGUUCUUCACAGCAGUGCUCCUGAGAAACCAAGUCAAGAUGCUAACGCAGCUGUUAAAAAGUCCUCAGAAGCCAAGUGUGAGAGCCGAAGGAGAAGCUUUAAAAACGCAAAUCCUAAGAGGAAAAAAAAGGAUCUCAACUACCGAACAUUAUUUGAACCAAGAACACACCAUCCGUAUCUCCUGGAAAUGCUGUUAGCUCCGGACAUUCGACAUGAAAGAAAUGUGAUUUUGCAGUGUGUUCGGUACAUCAUCAAAAAAGACUUUUUUGGACUUAAUACUACUACUGUGAAAACUAAAGAUGAAUAGGUAUCUGGUGUUUUAGCACACUUGUCUGAAGCAUGUAAAAUAGUAAAAACCUCAAGUUUGUGGGUGAAAAUUCUUCUUUUUUCAACUGGAUUAGUAAUUAAAUUUGUAAGCCUCAUGGGCUAUUAUAUAGGAUUUUCAAGUCUUUGAUGCUAUACAAAUAAAUACCUAAUUGAUUUUUAAGACUGUCUGUAUUGUUGGGAUCAAAUGUAAUAUUUGCUAGCAGAAUUCUACUCUGUAUUUAUUGCUGUUGUAUAAGGAAGUCUACUCUUGGGCCAGAUAAGAAUUGAAGAUGCUGGUUUAGUGGUAAGGGGAAAAACUUAAAAUUUUUUUAAUUCAGCUGAGGAGAGCUGUAGGUUGGGGAGAGAAAUAGUCAUUUUGUUUUUAAUAAAUGAGAGAGGAAGAGUCUCUUUAACCCCUGCAAAGGGAGGGUAUUUUAAAAUAAACCAGAGCAAAUUAAAACAAUGAGAACAUCUUGAAAUUUAGAUUUCUGCUGUUUAUUUCAAAAGACCUGUUGACAUUCACCUACUGGCAGCUCAGGUAUUUAUCAUUUGAAAUAUUAUAGAUAUAUGGCUUCUGUUUAGUUCCAAUUCAGUAGAAGUGCUUCUUUUUUGGUAUGGUUCAGAAUUGGACAUUUAAAAAAUUUUUUCCUGUGAAAAAGUAUGUAAAGUAUAGUACUUGAUGAGGUUAAGUUAAUUUUUUAUGGUAUAAAUAGUAAUUUGUGAAAUAUUACAUGAGUUUUAAACAAUUAAAAUUUGCUUAUAAAGGUA